UCUUUGCUUCUGCUCCCGUAAGGCCGCCAACUGUCUUGGGCGGUCACCUGACCAGCCCUGCUUCCUCCGGCGAUAUUCAGCUUGUACAGGCUCUCUCCCAACUCAAUAUGAACCCCGCCGAGCAAGAAACAGAAGAGGAAGACGCAGAAGACGAUUCAGCCGCUCCGGACCCCUCGGGGUACGAAUCCGAGUCUGGCACGAGCGAGGAUGAAGAUGAGCAGGCUGGGGACGAAGGUGAAGAUGAGCACACAGAAGGCUCCCAGGGUAGGCAUAGACUGCAUCAGUUGGACAGACCGUCCCCUGGUGGUGGCCCUGCACAUAGCAGCGAUCGCUCGGGGUCCCCCGACGGUCAGUGCACCGUUACAAAGGUCUGACCGCAGCACAACUACAGAACUCCUACCCAACUCCCACAACCGCUGGGUAUUUCUAACCAAUCUCUGAAAUGCAAAAAAUGAAACGAAUGAACCAUUCAAAUCAAUGAAACACGGUCUUGGAUAAGGGUGGAGGCUUGGGGCAGAUGGUUUUAGUGUAAGAAUAGUGCUUGUCUUUCUCUUUCAGUCUUAGAGGACUGUACCAGGGCUGUACUUUUUAAUGGAAAUUACAGGCAAAACUACAAUAAACUUGCUUUUAUCAUGCCUAGAAUACUGUAAAUUGGUCCAACCAUUACACUUUCAUUUGCAUUCAUGUAAUUGAAAAUAAAUAUUCACAAUAAAACUACUUUUCACCCUGAAAUUAAAAGGAAAGUGUAUAUUUUGCACAAGCCUGUUUUAAGCCUUUUGUGAGCAUUAAGAUUUUUGUUUUCAUAACAAUUACGCACAUUUCAUCCUAAACUCUCAUUACUCUAAUGCAUUUGUUUUAUUAGUUAUUAUUCUCAGUGCUGAUUUUCAUUUGAUUCUUAUGACUGUGCUACAGA